AUGAUUUUGCUUUUUUUUUCUGCAUUUUUAUCCUACUUUUUUUUCUGUAUUUCCAGGCCCGAUAUUGCGCAAAUGGCAGCGAAAAUUGAUUCGCUGAAGAAAUGGACCGUUUCGACGUAUAAAACAACAAAACAGUCCAUAUGUGAAAAUCUUGGAAAAGUGGACCGUACAGUUGACAAGGAAUUGGAGGAACAAAUCGAACAACUGAAAGUUUUGCACAGACACUAUAACCAGGUUUUGGCAAUGUCAAAAAUAUUUGCGGUACAUUUUCACGAAAUGAAUGAAGCGCAGAAGGGUCUUGCCGAAUCGCUUUACCAGCUUUCGCUAAAAGAAAAUAGUCUAAGUGUGGAAUGUGCGCCAAACUGUGAUUCACUGCGAUCAGUGGCGCAUAACGGUGAACUUCUGGAGCGGGCUCUCUCUUUUUUCCUCUCGUCGUUGGCAACCCUUUCCGAGAAGACAAUCGAGGAUACCAUGCUUACCAUUCAUAAUCAUGAUCAGGCCCGUUUAGAAUAUGAUGUACACCGUAAUGAGGCCGCAUCUCUGCAGCAGUCCGGUGCCAGUCCGGAGAUACUUGUGGCGGCGGAAGCGCGAUGUCGUCAGUAUAAAGAAAAAUAUGAGCAACUCAAAGCCGAUGUUAAAGCUAGUUUUUUUUUUUUUUUUUAA